CUAAGGCGAGGCUGGGCUUGGCAAUCAGGCAGGCUGGGUUCUCUGGAAAGCCUGUCAACACCAAAGCAUCCCCAAGCAGUUAGUUUACAUGUAUCUGCAAAUUCUAGCAAGAAGAAGGACAUGUAUUGCGUUUUCUGACCAAUUAUGAGGGCGAGAGGGUGAUUUUUUUUUUUUCCGGAAAGCUUUCAGUCUCCUUGGAACCUCUGGGCAGUUGUGGGCGAAGCGUUCAAGUGUAAUCCAUCUGUAGGGCUGUGGCAUCUGUGGUAGUUUGCUGUCUGCUCACUACAAAAUGCUCUUGCAGACACAUUUGCAAAACUGGAACUUAUUCUACCCACCAGACUCCGAGCCUGUUGAUGGUAUGAUGCAAUGGAGCUGGUUUUUGGGGGGUUGCUUAGUUGCCAAAUAAUAUAAAAAAAAAAUACUGCAAAAUUACCUCCAAAACCAACAAACAAAUAUGUCAGUAAUGAGCUGUUUCUUUUGUCUAACUGAUAAGAGCACUUAAUAUUUUGAAAGGCAAAUAAAAUAUUUUGUUAUCACAGACCCUCUCACAUUAUUCCAGUUCUAGGUGAGUAAACCAAGGCAGAAAAGCUCUUGGCUUGGAGGGACAGGGCUGGUUUGGCAGAGCUGGAGUUAGAAGUCAGAGCUUCCAGGCUGUUGUUUCUGUUCUCCGAUGAUUUAGCAGGCUGCCAUGUUGUGCUGGUGCAGCCAGUGUGACUUUGUUUUCUCUUUGGAAAAUCUUAGUGGUCGUUUCCAUUGCUAUAAGUAGAAGGGGGGAGCUUUUGCACUGCAGUGAGACCUGUAGGGAAACUCCUAGCUGUGCCUUCCUGAUAAGAUUAUGGUCAUUGGCUUUGAUGCUGCCUUUUGUAUCUGCCGUUAGUGUUACAGAGGAAAUUCGAAUGUAGCUUUUCCUUAUGGCACACGUAGUGUGCAACAGCAGUGAAUGUUUGCUGUCAUCUUCAAAUCUGAAACAGCCUCGCAAUAAUUUGCUCCUGGUACUUAUUGAUGUGAGACAAGAGGAAAGAUGAAAAACUUAUGACAAAUCCAUCCUAACUGUAAGGUUAGCUGCCAUUUCAGUUACUGUCUCCCCUGCAAGCCAAAGUUUUUGUUAAUUAAGGGUAAGUCUCAUGCAUAAAGAAGUCAGUUGUCGUUAGCAACUUCAGUGAGUGAUUCCACAGCUCUGUGUUGGGGCUGAAAUGUUGCUGUUGAGCUGUAAGUGUUCUGACUGCUGACAGUUUGACUAGUCAGGUGCUUUUGUGGGUUUUAUUCUUUUUAUGUGUGUUUAAUAAAAAACUUUUUUUUUUCUUGCAAAGCUCUGAAAUGCAUGUUAUCCACAUGUGUGUUCAGACUGGCCUGUCAGACCCUUUGAUCCGCUUUAGAAAGCGACUGAAAGCUUAAAAAAGAAAGAAAAAGAACAAAACAAAACCUGAGUUCGUUGCUAACUGGCUGUUGCUGUAUACAUCCCAAUUUCCUUUAAAACUUUAAUAUCUCAGUAGCUUAAUUAUUUACUAGUUGAAAGUUACUGGCCUCUUACUCUAGUACCGUUUUCUUGCCAGAUUGCACCUCUGAAAUGAAAGUGUCCUUUUGGGCUAGGUAAACUCAUAAAAUCCAUUUUUGUCUUUUCUACCAGCCAGAGUGAUGACGUGAAAAUCGAACACGCAGUCCUUUGAAAGGCCUCUUGGGUCCUCUUCGGAAAGGGCAGGUGGUUGCUCUGCCACCUACCAAGGCUUGAUUUCUGCCUUGCUUUAGUGAGCUGAAUCUCAGCAGCCAGAUCACUGCAACCUGCUUUUAUGUCCUGUUAGGGAACUGCCUUGCACUGAGCUUAGGAGGGUGAGAGAGCAGGGAAGAUGAUGGGGCAAAUACUGCAGUGCUUUCUGGCUGGCUCUGGAGGGGGAAAGAAGAGAUGGUAAUUUUGAUUCUCACUCUGUGGUGUUUCUUCAGCCCUGUGGAGCAAUCACCAUGCUAAUAUCAGAGUAGGCGUUUAGACUUCAGCUGCCAGUCUCCUUGUGUGCUGAGCAUUUACGGCCUAAGAUAUUACUCUAGGAAUUACUAGAGCAAGACUUGAGGAUUUUAAAAAUUAAAGAGUAUUAAUAAUUUAGGAUAUUGACAUGACCGCAUUGUGGCCUAUAUUUAACAUCCUGUAUAACAAUCUCUCUUCCAGUAAAAGCUGCACUAUAGGAAUGGUUCUUCGACUGUGGAGUGAUACUAAAAUCCAUCUUGAUGGUGAUGGGUAAGAAACCACAUUAAAAGGAUAAAUGUCCUUCCCUACUUGGGGGCUGCUCUAGGAGAGAUUCUCCAUCACCUUGCAAAUGAAGUUCCAAUUUUGGAUUCAUGGCUGCAGUCCUCUUAUUCAGACAUGGCUUCAGCGUGAGCACUGCAGGCAGAAUGCACAUCUUCAAGCCAGUGUCGGUGCAAGCCAUGUGGUCUGCUUUACAGAUCCUCCAUAAAGCCUGUGAAGUUGCAAGAAGGUACAACUACUUUCCAGGUGGGAUGGCCUUGGUCUGGGCCACAUACUACGAGAGCUGCAUCAGCUCCGACCAGAGCUGCAUCAAUGAGUGGAAUGCAAUGCAGGACCUGGAGUCCACCCGUCCCGACUCUCCAGCUCUGUUUGUUGACAAGCCAACUGAAAGGGAACGAACAGAACGGCUCAUUAAAGCCAAACUCCGGAGCAUCAUGAUGAGCAAAGACCUGGAAAAUGUGACUUCUAAGGAGAUACGAAACGAGCUGGAGAAACACAUGAAUUGCAACUUGAAGGAAUUUAAGGAAUUUAUAGACAAUGAAAUGCUGCUUAUACUGGGUCAGAUGGACAAACCAUCUCUGAUUUUUGAUCACUUAUAUCUGGGGUCCGAGUGGAACGCCUCCAACCUCGAGGAGCUGCAGGGCUCAGGCAUCGACUACAUUUUGAAUGUGACCAGGGAAAUUGAUAAUUUUUUCCCCGGUUUGUUUGCAUAUCACAAUAUCCGAGUGUAUGACGAGGAGACAACAGACCUCCUGGCUCACUGGAAUGAGGCAUACCACUUUAUAAAUAAGGCCAAGAAGAAUCACUCCAAGUGCCUGGUGCACUGCAAAAUGGGCGUGAGCCGGUCAGCAUCUACCGUUAUAGCUUAUGCGAUGAAGGAGUUUGGCUGGUCACUGGAAAAGGCCUAUAAUUACGUGAAGCAAAAACGCAGCAUUGCAAGACCAAAUGCAGGCUUCAUGAGACAGCUUUUGGAAUACGAAGGCAUUUUAGAUGCGAGCAAGCAGCGCCACAAUAAGCUGUGGAAGCAGCAGGCAGAGAGCAACCUACCCCAGAACACAGAUGGCACCACGGGGUCGGGCGACUUCUUACUCGAAAGCUUAGACAUUGACCUAGAAAACCGCCUCGCUGACCUGGACACACCUUCGCAGUCAGCGUUCCUGGACAACCGUGCCGGCACAGAAGUGUCUGUGGGGUUUAAUUACUGCUUCCAUCGCCUCUCAGACACACUGCUGGAGAACAAGAUCCCCGGUGACAGGGAGGGCUUUUUCCACGUGGAGGAGCUGGAGCGGGAUGCGCUUGUGGAGCGCACUGCCUCGCUGGUCGGACAGCCUCCGUCCGUGCCUUCGGAGGGGAGGCUGCUGGAGACGGUGAAAGCCGUGGAGACAGCAGAGCCGCUGGCAGAGCUCAGCAGUUUCAGUGAGAAGGAGGUGAAGAAGAAAGUGGACUUCAGCCCCAGGAAGGGAAGGAUAGUGCUGGGCCCUGGGGACCAUGGGGAGGACAGUAUCAGGGAGGAAAAUCCAAUGGAAAAGUGGAAGCGGCGUUUGUCCAUGCACAAGGAGGAGAGCAGGCUUAAUAGAGAGAACUUGAAUAACAACAACAGCAAAAGGAGUUGCCCAGAGGAUUUUGAGCAUGACGCAGUGUUUGGGAUCCUCAGUAAGGUCAAGCCUUCCUAUCAAUCUUGCACUGACUGCAUGUAUUCCUCGGCCAGUUUGUCUCCCGACUCCUUCGGGGAGCAGUGCGAAAAGCUGAACCCCAGCACUGCACGUCGCAGCACCACCAUCUGCACGCAGCCAGCCCUCCUCUCCCACAUCAAUGCCAACUUGGCAGACCACCUGCCCAGCAAGGCACACUCAGAGGAAGCAAUCAGAACUAAAAAUAAUGAGGUUCCGCUUCCUCUGUCGGCAGGAACCGGUACUUUGGAGGCUGGCACUGGCAAAUCGCUUGAUCAACACUGCAACAUUUUGGAGAAAGGAAAAGAGGCACCAAAAACCCCAGUCAAAACGAUGCUGCCCAGGAGAAACUCACACUGUGACAAGAGCCUCCUUAACACAGAAGUGGUAAAAGAUGAGUCUCUAGUCAGAAAAGAUAGCAAACCUACCAAGGAUCUGAAGUACUUGUUCAGCAAAGACUUGGAAAAGCCAAGUGCAAACAGUUACUUGAUGCAGCAUCAGGAGUCUCUCAUUCAGCUGCAGAAAGCAGGCUUGGUUAGGAAACACACCAAAGAGCUGGAGCGGUUGAAAAGCCUGCCCUCAGAUGCCUCCUCACUGCUCAGAGAGACCCCCCUGAGCAGAGUUGACUCGGGCAUUGUAGAGGAAAGUGGGGAUUUGAUCUCGCAUCAUGGCCUCGUACCUCUUCUGGGACCAGCACCGUUGAUACCUGAAGAUGCAGAAAACGAUGUGGAGAAGUUAGAGGUGAAGCGCGUCUUGGAGGGGAUCUCUCAGAAAACCUCCACGCCUGUCAUGUGUCGGUUGGAGCACACGAGCAGUUUCACCAAGGACUUCCUGAAGACCAUCUGCUACACUCCCUCCUCCUCCCGGAGCUCCAACCUGACACGUAGCUCCAGCAGUGACAGUAUCCACAGCGUGCGGGGCAAGCCUGGCCUGGUGAAGCAGCGAACUCAGGAAAUUGAGACCAGGCUGCGGCUGGCUGGCUUGACUGUGUCUUCUCCUCUGAAGAGGUCCAAUUCUCUCGCCAAGCUAGGAUGUCUUAACUUGUCCUCUGAGGACUUAUCAAGUGACAUGGAUGCGUCAACCAUAACGGACUCAAAAGAGGCCAUUUCAAGCAAGUCUUCCAUGCUCUGUGAGCCACAAUCCACGCUGAGGAGUGCAGACAUCACCUCCAAACUGGCAGCAAAGCCAGCAGUUGGAAACUUGAAGAACACGCUUUGGAUGGGCAAAAGUUGAUGCCUCUGUGGGAGGAGUGGGAGGAUGGAUUUUUGGGUUUUUAUGGCAUUUAUUCAUUGCACCAAUGCAGUUUUAUCAUCUGACUUGGCAGUAGUUCAUCUGAUGCCACCUCUUCUUCCCCUCCUUGUACUCUUAAGUGGGGAGGAAAAAAAAUCAUAAUGGGUCACGAUGAAUGGCACGAGGGAAAAUAAAUUGUAUUGCAUGGCUUAGAAGAGGACUUUGUGUGUGAAUUGCCUGUUGUCCUGCAGGAUGCUAUUUCUAGUACUGUUUGCCAAGUAUAAUAAUGUGUUUUUGUGUGUGUAUAUAUAGAUAGAUAUUUGUAUCUAUUUAUCUAUCUAUAUAUAAAAAUGCUGAAAUAUUCUGUUUUGAAAACUCAACAAAAUAAUUAGUCAUGACUUUUUUUUUUUUGACAGAACAAACACAAGUCUCUAGUUAAAACAGGGCACUUGUGAAAAAAUCCUUAAAAUGGUGACAUGAACACUACCUCUGUUCUUGCUGACUUUUAGUCUUGGUUUGUUAUUUGGUGGUUUAUAUAUUUUUUUCUUUAAAAAGGCUUUUCCCACAAUACUUAACUGUUGUUUGAAGGUAUUCCCUUAAGGAGGAGUACGGAGACAGAGGCUUUACCGCGCCAAGUGACCUAGCUGUGAAGUGAAGGAGUAUCGAGCUGUGUUUGUGUUGACUGUGUGACCUGCUGGCAUUAGUCCGUCUUUGCGUGACCGGGUGAAUUGUCAUAGUCUCGUGUUGGUGCCGGAGUGAUGCCCCGACUGUUGGUGUCGCAGGCUUAUGCUCCUGUGGAUAGGUGUCUUGUUCUUUGGGUGUUUUUGCUGUCGUCGUGGUUUGUAAUGUCCCAGUACUAAUGACGAGCCUGGCCAGUAAGUGACCGUGGACCCUAGUGAAGCUUUGUGUAUUGCUGUGUCAGUGUCGUGGAUCCUGUGUUGGGGACCCUUCUUCAUCGGGCUGUUGGUGAUGUGCUGUGCCAGUGAGAUGGCCGAGGAGGGAUGGCUCUCCUGGUGCGCGUGCAUUUGAAAUCCCAGUAGGCAAUAGACGAAUGUGUGUCUUUUCUGGUUCUUGCUGUUGGUUUUGGUAGAACGGUUGUGCAUCCUUGGUUUGCUGGCAGCCUGGGAAGCUGUUGAUGAAGUCCAAGGGGUUAUUUAUGGUGGGUGUCAGGAGGCUGGGUGGCCCCAGAAGGGGAAGCCAGGGUGUACGUGUCCCAGCUCCUCUAGGGCUGCACCAGCCUCCUGCCAGGGGUGACAGAGGCGUAAAUCCUACUCUUGGGGGGUGCCUCCUUCAGGGCGAGCAGUCAAACAGGAAUACAGGCUCACUCCAAAGAGAGAGAGGGAUAUUGAAGGUAUGGGUGAGAUCUCCUUUCAGAGGAAAGCUGGCGUGACCCGCAGGGAGCACACCGAGGGCUGCCCGUCCUCCCUCGGCGAGGCGCCCGUGGCACUGCGUGCUCUGCGGCAAUCGUAGCCGAGGAAGCACAGCCCUUCCCGCACCAGAGGCUGGCUCUCAGGGGACCAGUCUCAGACCAGUGUUACUGUGCACACCUCCUCUUGCUGCCCUGCUGUGGGAGAUGCUUGAAACACAGCGGUGCACCGAUGCUACACGAAAUGCACAUCUCUUUCGCAUAUUUGGCGGAGAGAGCAGGGCUGCAAGCAAUCGUUCUCAGAGUCUGUAUUAAUCAAAAAUCCACUGCCUUGAGAAAGGUGGCCAUGUGCUUUACUGUCCUAAAUGCCCAGAGUUUACCUUUUUUUCCUUAAGCAUUAAAACCCCCACAUUUUUAUAUUAACAGUGUGAGGAAUUGUAGGGACUAGCAAUCAGUAAGUAAACGUCCCUUCUUAAAGAAUUUUAAACUUGAUGUACAUUUUUAGCUUAAGGCACACUUCCUGUUUCACCCAUGAAAGCUGAUUUGAAGCAAAAGCUGCUGCCUGAGGGGAACCUGGAAAAUGUGCACAAGCUUUUGCUUUUGGGGGCUGAGAAAACGCUGGGUCGUGUUCAGAGUAGGACUGAAAUACCCUCUACCCGAUGUCAGCGUACCAUGGGUGCACGUGCAAGUCCGGAUCUGCAAUAAAUUUCCUAUAUUUGUAUCAUCUUUAUUAUCCUUGUUUAUACCCAGAGUCUGAUUUAUGGAAGGGGGCAGAUGAUGGGGGCACACAGGAGUCCCCGGGGCUGUUGAUGCCUGCAGAGCUCGGAGCGGCCGCCUGGGAGGGCCUUUGUGCCUCCUGCCCGGCGAGCCUCGGCCUCGCUGCGCUCAGGUUUGAUCCCAGCAGUUUGAUCGUCAGCCUCAGCUUGCAAGAGCCAUUGGCACUGUUAUUUUUCUCCACUGUAUGUUACACCGGCACCUCUCUCAGUGCUGCAGACACUUCCCCCAUCGCUGCCCAGCCAAGGGAAGAACUGGGGGGUCGGAUUUGAAUAAAUUCAGAAAAAUUCUGUUAACUGAUACAAGCGAACAUAUAUAUUUCCUUCCUGUUUUCUUGAGUGCCUGCCAAGUUCUGCGUACGAACCACUGCUUUCCCAGGGCAUAGCUCAGCGCUGACCGCCUUCCUCCUGCCUGUCGCUGGGACUCGGCUCUCGCUGGACCAACCCCACCGCUUCACCCGUCGGGCUCGGGGCUCCGUGGCUGCGUCGUCGCGACGCCGUCAGGAUAGAGGCACGGUUUAGUGGGAGUCGGUCUCGAAGCCAACGUGCACUAGAAGCACUGGUGUGCCAUUUUGAAGGCUUUUGUAGCCAAACCGAUGAUGCUUGCAGACUUCGUUAGAUUUGUUGCAUGAGAAGGUAGAUGUGUUUGUCCUCUCCCACGUAUUGUAAUUGUUCUUUUACAAUUGAGUGCCUUAAUAAUAGUUUACAAAUACUGUGUAUUUAUGCUGAGCUGUUAAACUCUGCUGUUUGCUAUUCAUUUUCUUUGGUGCUUUUGGUGUUUCCGGUGGCAGUGAGACCGUUACCACUUCUGCAUAUCGACCUCCCGGCCCCGCUGAGCUCAGCGCUGCUAACCACUUCCCUUCUGCUCUGUGUAUGGCAAAACCAAAGGGCCGUGUUGAGACACCGCCGUGCCGGCUGCAGCUCCCAGUGCCCACAUUUAUCUAUGCAUUGCUGCAGAAACGCGGGCGGGGGUGUCGGGGGAGACAUCCCAUCGACGGCCGGCCACGCUUUGCUCAGCGGAUCGCCGGGUGUGAAUCCAAACCCAGACCCGUUCUGCCAGAAAACCCUAAAUGCACAAAACUGGCACCUUAUUUCCAGUCCAGGCUCUGUUGGUCUGUGUGAUAGCAAUAGGUGUCCUGGCCGUCCUUUCCAUGAAGGUGGUGUUUGGCUCGGUCGUGUCCCACCGUCCCCCUUGCAGGCAUCGCCCGCUCCCGCUGGGGAGCCGGCUCCGACCUGGGCGGUGGAGAGCGUCCUGGCUAGGCCGUGACCACAGACCCGGAGAGGAGGGGUGGGUGAGUAACGUGUAGCUGUUCCAGUGCAUUGCUGUACUCUAUGAUAACGAUGUUCCUUUUAUUUCAUGGUAUUUCUUAAUUCUGGUUUUAUAUUUAAAUAUGCAGUAUGUUUAUAUAUUUAUAUUUAAAUAUACUGUACGUUGGCGGUAGGGGAUGCAUAAUGCACUUUUUUUUUACUUUCGUUUGUAAAAAUGUACUGUAUAUUUUAUGUGCUUCUUGUGAGAAAAAUAAACUUUUUUGUUUUCCUUUUACAAA